AUGCCCGAUGGUGGUGGAAACAUGUAUGAGUGUGUUCUUCUCUUGUUCCGUAAUUCCCGCCUCGUUGCUUCCUCGAUUAGAACAUAAACUCCUAUUAAAACAAUCCUCGACCAAAAGGAGACCGGCUUUCACCAUUUCUCUAAGUAUCAUGGCCUUGGGAACAACUUCAUUUUGAUCGAUAAUAGAGACUCUUCUGAGCCAAAGAUUAGUUCCGAGAAAGUUGUGCAACUCUGUGAUCGUAACUUCAGUGUUGGUGCAGAUGAAGUUAUAUUUGUCUUGCCUGGUAUCAAUGGCACUGACUAUACAAUGAGGAUUUUCAACUCUGAUGGUAGUGAGCCUGAGGUAUGUGGCAAUGGAGUGCGAUGCUUUGCUAAAUUUGUUUCUCAGCUUGAGAGUUUAUAGGGGAGGCAUAGGUAUUUUCACCAUCAGCAUGGUGUUUCCUUUGUGCCUUUUUAUCUGUUGUAAAGUCCUGAAGUGGUUUAAUGUCGAGAAGAAAUAAUUUGUUCUACUUCUUUAGCUUGAUGGAUGAUAAUACAAAUUGAUUCAGAUAAAUUAUCUCCAAAUAAGGAUCAUGCCGCUGUUAAAUCAGAGAUAGAUGUUGAUGGAGUUAUCUGGAAUGUGACUUGUGUUAGCAUGGGAAAUCCACACUGUAUAACCUUCAACAGAAAAGAAAGCCAGAAUUUGCUUGUUGAUGAAUUAAAGCUAGCAGAAAUUGGCCCAAAAUUUGAACAUUAUGAGAUGUUCCCAGCACGGACUAACAGUCAGAUUAAGUUUGUGCAAGUUCUUUCUAAUUCUCACCUGAAGAUGCGUGUUUGGGAGCAUGGAGCAGGUUAG